UGUUUUCGAAACUGCAGUUAAUAUUUAAUAAAUUGAAAGUAAGUUACGUCCGACCUAUUUAAAAAUGGUGUCAAUAACACAAUUGAGAAUUUUGUUAUUGGUUUUCGUAACUCUCAUCUAUUGCUCAAACUCGGCUGUGAUCUCUGUAAGUGAUGAAACCGACAAUCAAGUUCUAAAUGUGAUCUUGAGGAUCAGAAAUGAACAGUUGAAUUGUGACUACAACGAAUAUUACGACUUCACUGUACAACGUUGUGUUAGUUGCAGUGAUCUAUGUGACGAACCCAACAAACAACGGUCAUGUAGUGUCCUGUGUCCAGGUACAUACGUGAGCAAAUACAUUCUACAAACUGGAGAGCAAAACGAUGUGUUCAAUAACAAACAACAAAUUGUAGAAAAGCAAACAAUGGAAAACGAAAAUAGUGUCGCAAAACAAAUAACCACUUUACGCUACGCUAUUUGGGUUUGUCUCAUAUCCGUAAUCACACUGUUUAUGGUUUGCAUAACCAUAAUCAUAUUCACUGAAUUUAAAAAACCCCAAUGCUGUAAAACUAGCAAGUGCCCAGCAACAAAACAAACACACGAAAGAAAAAGUAAUGAAACAAACACACAAAAGAAAAAGUGCCGAAAUGUGCAGGAAAAAAGGGUGAAAUCAGACAGAGAAAGGCUGGUGCAAGAUGUCUGAACAAAACAAUGUGUAUAUGUGAGUGUAUGUACUGUAUUUAACUACAAAUAAAUAGCUUGUAGAAAUGG